AACAGAGUACUCUUGAUUGGGGGGAACUUUCUAGAUGAAAUCAUAAUAUAAGAUUAUUGCACCUCUAAUGGGUCAUUAAUUGACUACUUAAAAGUCAAAAAGAUCCAAUCUUUAUGUCGUUUACAUUCAAAAUUCAGGUUUUCUUGAGCUUUUGACUAAAUUUCAGCAACUGGGUUUUGCUCGGUGGUUUGAGGAGUCUGAUAUAUUUGUUAGGUCUUGGGUCCUUUUCUUCCCUCCCUUUCCUCAACCAUAUUCUGGAGGUGUUUGUCAAAAAGAUUGUUUUUUGGUAAAUGAUAUCGGUUGGUGUAACGUGUUUGAUUUGUAUUUGAACUGGGAUUUGGAGUGUUUUUCUUUGUGUUAUCUGAAGGUUUGAUCUUUGCCGACGUUGACUUCAUAGUUUAUGAAGUUUCUGGGGAAAACGAUUUCAUUUUAGAAUUUUUUUUCUUUGUUCCUUUGGCCCUUUGGGUGUGUGUGUGUCUAAACUUUUCCGGGUUUGGAAAUAUUGAGGUGGUGCUGUGGUGAUGGUGGUUCAUGGGUAGUAGAACAGCUAAAAUUGGUGCUGAUGAUAAUAGAAGAGUGACUUCUGGAAUGCCAAGCUUCAUUUCUCAGAUACCGGUUUCCAAUCCCAUGAGUAAAGAAGUAAAUGCAACGCAAUCAUCUAGGAUUUCUGAUUUUGGGGUCCUGGAGCAGUAUCUCGGAUUUCGGGUGGGAGAUGCUGCUAAUGUCAGUCGAAACCCAGUGUUUGCUCCAACUGUGAAUAGUCAAACAAUGAGCACAGAUCUCCAGUCUGGUGUAUUCAAUAAGUCUCUUGCUGCAACCAAUGGCAAUAUUUCUGCGGCUUUCUUGGGGUCCCAAGCAGUACAAUUGCAAAAAGGAUCUGAUCUGAAUGUUGUAAUGGCAACUGGUGCUCAACAUGAGAAUUGGGGAGAGUCUAACAUGGCAGAUUCCAGUUCCCGUACAGAUACUUCAACAGAUGUGGACCCUGAAGACAAGAAUCAAAUGAACGAAAUGGGUCAGUCUGCUGCUGUUACCGUCUCCGAUUCAAGUGAUAAAUCAAAAGAAAAAACUCUAGAUCAGAAGACACUGCGGAGGCUUGCCCAAAAUCGUGAAGCUGCUAGGAAAAGCAGACUGAGGAAGAAAGCUUAUGUCCAGCAGCUGGAGAAUAGCCGUCUGAAGCUAACUCAGCUAGAGCAGGAACUGCAGCGGGCACGUCAGCAGGGAAUAUUCAUUUCAAGCAUUGGAGACCAAUCUAAUGCGGGGAGUGGCAAUGGGGCAUUGGCUUUUGAUGCGGAAUAUGCAAGGUGGAUGGAAGAACAGAACAAAAGGAUAAAUGAGCUGAGAACAGCAGUGAAUUCACAUGCAAGCGACACAGAACUCCGCACUGUUGUGGAUAACGUCACAACACAAUUUAACGACAUAUUCAGGUUGAAGGGUAAUGCAGCCAAGGCUGAUGUAUUUCACAUCUUAUCGGGAAUGUGGAAAACACCAGCAGAAAGGUGUUUUAUGUGGAUUGGUGGUUUCCGUCCAUCUGAACUUCUCAAGCUUCUUGUGAACCAACUGGAGCCUCUAACGGAGCAGCAGAUGACAGCAAUUUACAAUUUGCAGCAAUCAUCACAUCAAGCAGAAGAUGCCCUUUCGCAAGGUAUGGAAGCAUUACAGCACUCUCUAGCUGAGACAAUAGCCAACGGUUCUUCAGGACCUGAAAGCUCGUCGGGAAAUGUUGCUAAUUAUAUGGGUCAGAUGGCAAUGGCCAUGGGGAAGUUGGGAACUCUUGAAGGUUUUCUGCGGCAGGCUGACAACUUGCGGCAGCAGACGCUACAGCAGAUGCAUCGUACACUGACAACUAGACAAUCAGCCCGUGCACUUCUCUUGAUAAAUGAAUAUUUUUCAAGGCUUCGAGCUCUCAGUUCUCUCUGGCUUGCAAGGCCACGAGAAUGACUUGUUAUCCGCUUGGCUCAGAUGUACCCGGACCGGCACUAACGACUGAAAGGCCGCGAGAAUGACUUGUUAUCCGCUUGGCUCAGAUGUAUCCAGACCGGCACUAACGAGUGAAAACUGCUCCUGGAAUGUAAGCCCACUAAGUAGGCCAGAACGAAGCUGGCAGCCAUGGCCGACACUGAUGUAUGACUCUGGUUGUGAGAGUAUAGCUUCCCUCGCCGUAUACUGAUUCUGGCACCGACUAAAAUAGGAAUCGAUAAUAUGCAUGCUCUUGAUUUUAUAGACAGGACGUAGGAAGGAAAGAUAGAUAUGUGUAGAGGAAAGAUGACUGGGAUUUGAAUGUUCUGCUGUAAUAUAUGUAUCCCUCGUGUGCUAGAGGUUUCUUCUAGUUUCUGGGAAUCCCAUGAUUGUAUUGUGAGAAACAGAACUAUGCCAUGAAAACUGAGAAGAAGUUUUGUGGGUUGAUGUAUGUCUUGUCUUCCUUGGUUUAAUCUGGGAAAGUUUGUAAUAAGCUGACUUUGAUGGUAGUGGAAUCUUUCCGUUCAAACGAUCGAUGAUUGGUCUGAA